GAAAAAGCUAAAAAUAUACCCUCAAGGUAAGGGAUAGUUCAGCGAAAUUUUAAGCGGUUUCAUGCCCUUAAUGUUGUUUUCCGAUCUUAUUUUCCCAAGCGAUACAUAGCACAACCGCUACAAAUCGUUCAGGUUGGGGCUCGAUUGAAGGAGCAAUGGUGUGCGAGAAAUGCGAGAAGAAACUCUCUAAGGUAAUUGUCCCCGAUAAAUGGAAGGAAGGUGCCAGCAAUACUACUGAAGGAGGGGGCCGAAAGGUUAACGAGAACAAGCUUCUUUCCAAAAAGAACAGGUGGACGCCUUAUGGGACCACCAAGUGUAUUAUUUGCAAGCAACAGUUACACCAAGAUGGCCGCUAUUGUCAAACCUGUGCGUAUAAAAAAGGUGUAUGUGCAAUGUGUGGCAAACAAAUUAUUGAUACAAAGAUAUACAAGCAAAGCAAUGUCUAACUCUAAAUGGUACUGUGUUAAAUGCUGUCUUAUGAACUGAUGCUUGGGUAUGGUGUCCCUUAAAAGCUCCUGAAUGUAUUGAUAACGCUGACUGGUUUUGCAUGGAUUUUGAGGGGCAGGGUCUCUUUUGCUAGGGAUGUGUGUCUCACAUGUUGGAUUGUCUCGAGUCUCACUAUUUGUUACUACCAAAAAAAC